GAGCAGAGCUGGCUCUGUAGCCGCGCGAGCAGCUGCGGCUCCGGGACCCACAGACAGGGUCGGGAGCCGCCCGGGGCAGGGCUCGGGAGAGCCGGCACCACCAUGAGGCCCCAGCCCCACAGAAGCCCCCGCGUUUCCCUGGCCCGUGGCACACCGUGCUAGCCCCCAGCCAGGGCGUGGGGAGGCGCGGUGGCCAUGGCCAGCCACGUGGACCUGCUGACAGAGCUGCAGCUGCUGGAGAAGGUGCCGACGCUGGAGCGGCUGCGUGCCGCCCAGAAGCGCCGGGCCCAGCAGCUGAAGAAGUGGGCACAGUACGAGCAGGACUUGCAGCACCGCAAGCGCAAACACGAGCGGAAGCGCAGCACAGGUGGCCGCCGCAAGAAGGUGUCUUUUGAGGCCAACGUGGCCUUGCUGGAGGCCUCGCUGAGGAAUGAUGCCGAGGAAGUACGCUACUUCCUGAAGAACAAGGUCAGCCCUGAUUUGUGCAACGAGGAUGGACUCACAGCCCUGCACCAGUGUUGUAUCGACAACUUUGAGGAAAUUGUCAAGCUGCUCCUUUCCCAUGGUGCGAAUGUGAAUGCCAAGGACAACGAGCUGUGGACACCCCUGCAUGCUGCGGCCACCUGUGGCCACAUCAACCUGGUGAAGAUCCUCGUUCAGUAUGGGGCUGACUUGCUUGCUGUCAACUCUGAUGGGAACAUGCCAUAUGACCUCUGCGAGGAUGAGCCCACCCUGGAUGUCAUCGAGACCUGCAUGGCAUACCAAGGCAUCACCCAGGAGAAAAUCAAUGAGAUGCGGGCAGCCCCGGAGCAGCAGAUGAUCACAGACAUCCAUUGCAUGAUUGCAGCUGGCCAGGACCUUGACUGGAUAGACGCUCAGGGUGCCACGCUGUUGCACAUAGCUGGAGCCAAUGGAUACCUGCGGGCGGCUGAGCUCCUGCUGGACCACGGAGUGCGUGUGGACAUGAAGGACUGGGAUGGCUGGGAGCCACUGCAUGCAGCUGCCUUCUGGGGACAGAUGCAGAUGGCAGAGCUUUUGGUGUCUCAUGGGGCUAGUCUCAGUGCAAGGACAUCCAUGGAUGAGAUGCCAAUAGACCUGUGUGAGGAGGAGGAGUUCAAGGUUCUGUUGCUGGAGCUAAAACACAAGCAUGAUGUGAUCAUGAAGUCACAGCUGCGGCACAAAUCGUCACUGAGCCGGAGGACAUCCAGUGCGGGCAGCCGUGGGAAGGUGGUGCGUCGAGCCAGCCUGUCGGACAGGACCAACCUGUACCGGAAGGAGUAUGAGGGUGAGGCCAUACUGUGGCAGCAGCGGAGUGCCGCCGAGGACCAGCGCACCUCGACCUACAACGGGGACAUCAGGGAGACCAGGACAGACCAAGAGAAUAAGGACCCAAACCCCAGGUUAGAGAAACCUGUGCUGCUCUCCGAAUUUUCCACCAAGAUUCCACGAAGUGAACUGGACAUGCCUAUUGAGAAUGGCCUCCGGGCUCCAGUCAGUGCCUACCAGUAUGCAUUGUCCAACGGGGAUGUCUGGAAGGUGCAUGAGGUGCCUGACUACAGCAUGGCCUAUGGCAGCCCUGGUAUGGCUGACACGACCCCGCCCUGGAGUGGCUACAAGGAGCAGAGCCCCCAGACACUUCUGGAACUGAAGCGGCAGCGGGCUGCAGCCAAGUUGCUCAGCCACCCCUUCCUGAGCACUCACCUGGGCAGCAGCAUGGCCAGGACGGGCGAGAAUAGCAGUGAAGGCAAGGCCCCCUUGAUUGGAGGCAGAACUUCACCGUACAGCAGCAAUGGGACUUCAGUGUAUUACACAGUCACCAGCGGAGAUCCCCCGCUCUUGAAGUUCAAGGCCCCCAUGGAGGAGAUGGAGGAGAAGGUCCAUGGCUGCUGCCGGAUCUCCUAGUCUCCUUGCGACAGAGGAGAGAGAUGCCUCAGAGAGGGGUCCCUGGAAUCCAUGCCAGCCCAACAGCCUUGGCUGGGGAGGUGUCAGAGGGCACCCAGGAGAGGUGGGCUCUGCUUUCCAGAGGAACGCUGUGCCCACCCCUCACCCAGCUGCCCACAGCAUCCCCUUCCCAGGCUCUGCGUCCUGCUGCAUCGUCUGCUGUCUGACACAAGGCCUGCCAUGGCCUCCUGACUCACUCUGCUGUUCCAUUUUGGGAGGGCUUGGGAUCCCAGUUCUGUUCUUGGUAAAGGCUUCUUUGGAUUACUGCACGUCACCUAUCAACACACACACACAUCUGGGCUCAUGGGAAGCAGGUGGGGCUGAGAACUUGUGGGAUGUUCCCAAAGAGAUGGAGGUUAAGACUCAGAGUCUCAUCCCACUGCUGAUGUGGCUUUGGCCCGGGAGGGGAGCUGCUAGGCUAAGACUCAUCAUUCUGUUCAGAGUAACAGUGAGGUCUGGGCCAGCAGCCACACCUGGCAGGGGCAGGGAGUCCAGAACCCACAUGGUUGGGUCGGACAUGAGAUGGACACAGGCCUGCUCCCUGCAGCUUGGUAGGGAGCUGCUCUCCUGCCCAUGCCAGGAGCCAGCUGUAUGGUCACUCAGGGGCUGAGGGGAAAAAUCAAGUUAGUCCACUCCUAAAAUAAACCAUGUCUUACUCUUGCUUGGAUAGAGGCAUCAAAGGCAGGAGGGUGGCAAGGUCAGUGUUUACAAAAGGGCACUUGAUAAAAAAAUUCUUUUAGGCUGUAAAACUCCAGGUGGGAGGUUACUGAAUUCUCUUUCUUGUAUGGCUAGUGUCAGGAUCAUAGGUUUUACUGGCUGAUGUUGGAGAAACAAAGCCAGAUGAGGAACUUUUGGUGGAAGCCCUACUCCAUGGAGGGGAUGAGUUAAUUUCUAAAAGCGCCUCUGGUUAACAGUGACAGAGCCUAGCCAGGCUGAUCUUUGUGAAUAUCCAGGCUGUUUCAGUGCGGCCCAUCUCAGACUGAGCCAUCAGAGUGAGCAGCCCAGGGGUGAGUCAUGAGUGCAGAGGCAGCGCUCAGGACCCCCAGCCCAGCUUUUCCUUUUCUGGAAUAUUUAGUGAGGCAGGUUUAGCCCUUUCAAAUUCUUGCCUGGCCUAAUGGUUCCCAGCCUGCUCCUGUCAGUGUGGCGAUGCCCCAGAGCUGCAGAU